AUGGCGGAUACCGACAAGAUUCCGUCUGUAGAGUCGGCGAGCGAUGUUAGUGUUCAGCAGAGACGCGAUUAUCCAGUACGAUGGUACCGAUCCACGUUCUUCAACAUCACUGUUCUCGGAUUAUGCAACUUCAGCGCACCAGGAAUAUGGGGCGCAAUGAACAGUCUAGGAGCUGGAGGCGCGCAGUCACCGCAUCUGGUGAAUGCCGGGAAUGCGCUUACGUUUUGCUUGAUGGUGGUGAGCUGUUACUUUAGCAGUGUGAUUGUUAAGUAUGUUGGAAUCAAAGGUGCUUUGAUGUUAGGAACGGUUGGAUACGCGCCUUAUGCUGCUGCUCUUUACACCAACAACCGCUUCGGCACAGAAUGGUUCAUCUACCUCGGCUCCUCUCUCUGUGGUCUCUCCGCGGGCCUCUUCUGGAUGGCCGAAGCCGCAAUCGCAAUCGCCUAUCCCGAACCCUGGAAUAAAGGAAAAGCACUCGGCUACUGGCUCACCUACCGUCUCGCCGGCCAGAUCCUCGGCGGCGCCAUAAACCUAGGCCUUAACGCCGACCGCGACCAGGCUGGUAAAGUCACGUAUACCGUGUAUCUCAUCUUUAUCGCGCUGCAGUGUAUUGGACCUGUGGUCGGAUGGUUCCUGAAUAAACCGGAUCAGGUGGAGCGAAAGGAUGGCAAAAAAGUGGUGUUGAGAAUUGCCAAGGAUCCAUGGUUUGAACUCAAAGAGACAGCGAGACUGUUUUGUACGAAGAAGUUCUUGUUGAUCUUGUUGUGGAUUGGACAGGCGGUUUUCGCUGAGGCGGUGUAUUUUACGUAUCUGGCCUUAUGGUUCUCCGUCCGCGCCCGAGCCCUAGGCUCCUUCCUCUCCGGCAUCAUCGCCGUAAUCUGCGGCAACCUCCUAGGCGCCUACCUCGACCGCACAACAAUCGCCCUGCGAACCCGCGCCCGCACCUCCUUCUUCGUCAUCGCUAUCUUACAAGGCGCCUGGUGGCUCUGGGCGACGAUCCUAGUAACGCAAUUCCGCGACUCGCAGCCCACGUACGACUGGGCGUCGCACGGUUUUGGCCGCGCCUUCGCCGUCUUCAUCUUCCUAACCGUCGGGUUCCAGCUGAACUACCUGUUUUUGUACUUUGUGAUUGGGAAUCUGGCGGAAGAUGAAGAACAGGUUAUUCGGUAUGCGGCGCUACUUAGGGGCACGGAGAGUGCGUGGCAGGCGGUUAGUUAUGGAGUUACUAGUAUUAAGGUUUUUGCCGAGGUGGGGGGUGUGUAUUGGAAUUUUGCGCUUUGGGGGGUGUCGCUUUGGCCGGCUUGGGUGGUGAUUAGUGGGUUUGGGGAGAAGUUGACGGCGAUUGAGCAGGUGGAUGAGGUUAUUGUUAAGAGGGAUGGAGAGAGAGAGGGAGGGCGUGGGGUGGGGAAGUUGUGA